AUGGCGCAUCAUCCAAUUUACACCGAGACUCUGUCAAUGGGAGGAGGGUCAAGCCACGGUUUCGGCCAGCAACCCGUGCCCUUUGCCACCAGCAGCGGAUCUUUGCGUGUAGAGCUGUUGCACGGUAACUUAGACAUUUGGGUUAAGGAAGCUAAACACCUUCCCAACAUGGACGGCUUCCACAACCGUCUCGGUGGGAUGCUGUCCGGUCUAACCAGGAGGAACAGUAGCAAAGAUGAGAAGCCCUCCAAGAUCACGAGCGACCCUUACGUGACCGUCUCCAUCUCAGGCGCUGUGAUUGGCAGAACCUUCGUGAUCAGCAACAGCGAGAACCCUGUGUGGAUGCAGCACUUCGAUGUCCCCGUGGCUCACAGUGCUGCUGAAGUUCACUUUGUGGUGAAAGACAGCGACAUCAUCGGGUCACAGAUCAUGGGAGCUGUCGGAAUCCCAACGGAGCAGUUGUCUUCAGGGAACAGAAUCGAAGGUUUUUUUCCGAUACUGAACAGUAGUGGGAAGCCUUGCAAACAGGGAGCCGUGUUGAGUUUGUCAGUUCAAUACACUCCGGUGGAAAGGAUGAGGCUUUACCAGAUGGGUGUUGGUUUUGGUAACGAGUGUGUUGGAGUUCCCGGUACCUACUUCCCUUUGAGGAAAGGCGGUAGGGUUACUCUGUACCAGGAUGCUCAUGUUGAUGACGGUACGCUUCCCAGUGUGUAUCUUGACGGUGGUGCGCAGUAUAGACAUGGGAAGUGCUGGGAGGAUAUGGCUGAUGCGAUUAGGCAGGCGAGGAGGUUGGUUUAUAUUACUGGCUGGUCGGUUUACCAUCCGGUUAGGCUGGUUCGUCGGAAUAAUGAUCCAACUGAUGGUACAUUAGGGGAUUUGCUUAAGGCCAAGUCUCAGGAAGGUGUUAGAGUGUUGGUUUUGGUGUGGGAUGAUCCUACUUCAAGGAGCCUUCUUGGAUUCAAAACUCAAGGAGUUAUGAACACAAGCGAUGAAGAGACUCGCCGGUUCUUCAAGCAUUCGUCAGUGCAAGUUCUUCUUUGUCCUAGAUCUGGAGGGAAAGGUCACAGCUUCAUAAAGAAAUCUGAAGUUGGAACUAUCUACACACAUCAUCAGAAAACUGUGAUUGUAGAUGCUGAUGCAGGUCAGAACCGAAGAAAGAUCGUAGCCUUUGUUGGAGGUCUAGACGUGUGCAACGGACGUUUUGAUACUCCCAAGCAUCCUCUCUUCAGGACACUAAAGACACUCCAUAAAGAUGACUUCCAUAACCCAAACUUUUUGACUACUGCGGAUGAUGGACCAAGAGAGCCAUGGCAUGAUCUGCACAGCAAGAUUGAUGGUCCAGCUGCAUAUGAUGUGCUUGCUAAUUUUGAAGAACGCUGGAGAAAGGCUUCAAAAUCUCGCGGAUUGGGGAAGUUAAGAUCGGCUUCUGAUGAUUCGUUGCUUUCCAUAGAGAGGAUUCAAGACAUCGUAGGACUAUCAGAAGUUUCUUCUGUUAAUGAGAAUGAUCCAGAGACUUGGCAUGCUCAGGUUUUCCGUUCAAUUGAUUCAAGUUCAGUCAAAGGGUUUCCAAAGGACCCAAAGGAAGCUACUGGAAGAAAUCUACUCUGUGGGAAGAACAUACUCAUUGACAUGAGCAUACACGCGGCUUAUGUUAAGGCCAUAAGAUCUGCACAGCACUUCAUCUACAUUGAGAACCAAUAUUUUCUGGGAUCAUCAUUCAACUGGGAUUCAAACAAGGACUUGGGUGCUAACAAUCUGAUCCCUAUAGAAAUCGCGCUAAAAAUUGCUAACAAAAUUAGAGCAAGGGAGAAGUUUGCUGCUUACAUUGUUAUUCCAAUGUGGCCUGAAGGUGCUCCAACAAGUAACCCUAUACAGAGGAUUCUAUACUGGCAGCACAAAACCAUGCAAAUGAUGUAUCAAACCAUCCACAAGGCACUUGUGGAAGUUGGUCUUGAUGGUCAGUAUGAGCCACAAGACUUUCUCAACUUCUUCUGUCUUGGAACCAGAGAGGUUGCUGAUGGAACAGUUAGUGUAUAUAAUAGUCCUCGCACUCCACCUAAGUCAAACGCAAAUGCAAAUGCUAUACAGGUGCAAGCUUUGAAGAGUAGGAGAUUUAUGAUAUAUGUUCAUUCCAAAGGUAUGGUAGUGGAUGAUGAGUUUGUCUUGAUCGGUUCCGCUAAUAUCAACCAGAGAUCCUUGGAAGGAACUAGAGACACUGAAAUCGCCAUGGGAGGUUAUCAACCACACCAUUCAUGGGCUAAGAAAGGUUCUCGUCCUCGUGGUCAGAUCUUUGGAUAUAGAAUGUCGUUGUGGGCAGAACACCUAGGGUUUCUAGAGCAAGGUUUCGAGGAACCGGAGAACAUGGAAUGCGUGAGACGAGUUAGGCAAUUAAGUGAGCUGAAUUGGAGACAGUACGCAGCAGAAGAGGUCACGGAGAUGCAAGGUCAUCUUCUUAAGUAUCCAGUUCAAGUGGAUAGAACAGGGAAAGUAAGUUCUCUCCCUGGAUGCGAGACGUUCCCUGAUCUCGGUGGCAAGAUCAUAGGCUCGUUCCUUGCGCUACAAGAAAACCUCACUAUAUGAAAGACUGAAGCUUGCCUUGUAGUAUCAACAUUUGUUUCUUUUUAUUUCUUCCACUCCAAGAAACCUCUCCGAGUGUGAUCUGAAUGAAAGUGUGACUUUAGGGUUUAGUUGUGCUUUGAAAAAAAUUUACGAGAUGUAAAGAUCUUCAUUACAGUUGAUCAUAGUGUGCGUUUUGGAUUUC